AUGUCUCUUGAGAACUCGGGAUCCAGCGACCCUCUCGCACCGUAUGCCGUCGGGGCGACGCUGAAGCUGCUUCCUCACAAUCAUCCGACUGCGCCUUAUGGAGGACCGAAGUACGGAUGGCUGGGCGACGAGAAACAAGACCAACUCUCCAAGUCGAGCAUCGCCCAUCCAAGCAGCUACAAGCCCCGGCCUCCUGGCCAGAAGAUCAAAGGAGAGGAGCUGACUGUCAAAGUCCUGAAGCUCACGAGAGAUUCCGCCACGGACGCUCCUCAAGGGCCUCUUCUUCUGGUUUGCCAAGUCGUGAAGCCACCCCACAUCCACGACGACAACGGCGAACAAGUUGACAAGGGCGACACCAUCGUGGCUGAAGUCUUCGACCACAAGCUCUACAAUACGCUUGCGCUUCCAUUUGCUCCAGUCAUGUCUUCGGUCUAUCUGGCCGACUCGGGUUUCAGUCAACUCGCCGGCAUCUACCGGCGUCUCCACCAGAAAGGAAAGUCGGCAGCGGAUGACAAAGUCAAGCUCACCGGCCCGUCUCACAUCGCCCCGGAGUACUAUGGAAACUGGGUUAUUCAGCACUUCCCUGACAAUGACCCCGGCAAGCCCCCCAGCAGGUAUGUUGGCGCUGUCCUUAGAGAGGACGUCCAAGGCCCUUCUAUUGAGUCCGUCUGCCUUCGCCACGAACGCGAUGGCCUCCUCCCGCUGCGCAAGAUACGCCCUCACGCCGACCUGGACCGGGAGGUUCACCUCGACAAGCAGACCCGCCUCGAGCUUAUGAAGCAGAUCAUCCACGGUUGCGUUGUCCACAAGCGAUACCAUGUCGAGCACGAAGGUCCCGAGGCACGCAACUACGUCAUCACCCUCCGCCGCAACGGCAAGAUCCUCAAGCACCCGCAAGCCGUCCAGGUCGACUUCGAAUACACCUACCUGUGGGACCUGACCAUAUGGGCAAAGUCCACGCUCAAAGAUCACCAGAACCAUCUCAACAUCUCGAAGCUGCCUCAUCCCCUCCACCCCAUUGAGCUAUACGACUGGGAUAGCCUGAACGAUUUCGCAGGCUGGACUCCCUGGGACUGGUCAUACGGCGCGCACAUGCGGGAGGGGAUGAGCCUUAUACAUCAGUGGUUCAUCCAGCCCGAAGUGUUCGGACCGAAGCAGGAAGGACCCAGGUAUUCGCUCUUCGCCACCUUUGACCGGAUCAAUGAGAUGACUGCCCUCACUAGCAGUCUCCACCUACAUUCGACCGGCUCACAACGCAGCGUGGGUUCUGAGCACUCGCGAAGCACCGGUCUCAGUGUACGUUCUCGGGGUCGGAGAGUUGAAGGCUCGGGCGAUACGCAGGAGGAUGAUAUCCCGGAGGAUGAUGAUGAGUGA